AUGGGUAAUGCUCUUUCCUGCUUUGAAUCAACUUCUAUGGUUUUGGAUCCUGUCAAUACAAAUGCCCCCAAUUUUCAGUGCCAUGAAGCAGUAGAUUGGGGAAACUUAGAAGCACUUCCUCUAAGUUUGAUUUUUGAUAAAUUGGUAGAGCGCAUUGAUCACAUUUAUUUCAGCUUGGUAUGCAAAAAUUGGUAUUCAAUUGCAAAGUUUAAUUAUCAGAAUCGUCAAGUAAAAAACAAUGUAUUGCCCAUGCUCAUGAUUCCCAAAAGAAAGUGUAGAACAAUGAGAUGUUUAUAUGGGAUUUCAACCAACACAACUUACCACUUUCAACUACCAGUACAUCAUAACAAGAGGUUGUGUGGUUCGACUCAUGGUUGGGUUGUAAAGAUUAAUGAAACUAUUAAAGGUACAUGUAUAACCCUAAUAAAUCCCUUCAAAAAUCAAGUUUCCAUCCCUCUACCACCCCUCUUCAUGCCGGGUGUAUAUAAACAUGCUAGAUGUUAUGAAUGUAAUGUUCAUAAGGUUUUUUUAUCAUCUAAUCCCACAACUAGUCCACAUGAUUAUGUUGUUGUAGCAAUUUAUGGUUUGCAAAAAUGUCUUGUUUUCAUAAAAGCAGGUCAAUUUUUUUGGACUUACGUUAAUGUUGAUUAUCGUGGCUUCACCGAUAUUGCAUUUUAUAAAGGCCUAGUCUAUGCAGUGGGACGAACGAAAAACAUUGUCUCUUUCGAUUUUAGUAACUCGAAAGAUUCUUUUGAUCGUAAGAAUAUCAUGCCUAAUGUUCUUUCAUCCGGGGACGCUGUUUAUUAUACUGAUAGAGCAUAUCUUGUAGAGUCAUUGGAGGGAGACUUGUUUCUUGUAGGAAGACGCUUAGGUUUUCCCGAUGAUGACAACCUACCUAGUAGUGGCACUGAAGAAUUUGAAGUGUAUAAGUUGGAAUUGGAUCUUCAAAGUGGUAAGCUUGUACAAAUGAUAAAACUUGAUAGUUUGGGAGACAAUGUUUUAUUUGUCGGUGAUAGUGAUUCCGUCUCUAUGUCGGCUUCGUAUUUUGCCAAUUGUCUACAAAAGGAUUCAAUUUAUUACACUGAUGAUUUUUACGAACAAGUUCCACAUCCAUAUCCUAAAGGACCAUUUGAUAUGAAAAUCUUUAACGUAAAAGAUGGAAGUUUUAGUCAACAUUGCCCUUUCCGAUCUUGGUUCAAACGAAUGCCACCUUCACUAUGGAUUAUUCCACCAUUUCAAUGGGAUUGA